AUGAAUUGGGAUAUCUAUCAAACAUUAAGUAAAAAUGAAACUCUUCCGCCAUGGGAAGCUGAUAUGACGGGUGAGAACCAAAAAGAAUGUCGAAUUCAAAGAGACGAUUCAAAAGGUCAUUCCCAACUAUUUAAUGACUAUUUUGCUGAAAAUCCUACAUAUUCUUCUCGAUUGUUUCGACGUAGGCUUAGGAUGAGGAAACAUGUAUUUUUACGGAUAAUGGAAGCUGUCUCCAACAAUGAUCCAUGGUUCACUACCAACAUUGAUACAACUGGUAAAAAAGGUCUAAGUGCUUUACAAAAGUGUACUGCAGCUCUUCGUAUGCUAGCAUACAGGGUGGCUGCUGAUCAAGAUUUGACGAGAUUAUUGGCCUUUAGUGAAGGACGAGGAUUCCCUGGCAUGAUUGGUAGUGUUGAUUGCAUGCAUUGGGAGUGGAAGAAUUGCCCAGGAGCAUGGAAAGGGCAAUAUCAAGGUCGAGCUGGUGUUGCAACAUUAAUCUUUGAAGCUGUCGCUGAUCAUGACUUAUGGAUAUGUCAUGCCCUUUUUGGGAUGCCAAGUUCAUAUAAUGAUCUCAACGUGCUAUAUCGAUCACCUCUUUUAGUUGAUUUGUUUGAAGGAAGGGCACCACCUGUCAAUUUCAUGGUGAAUGGAAAUCAAUACAGCAUGUCUUACUAUCUCACUGAUGGCAUUUAUCCUAAAUGGGCUACUUUUAUUCAGUCUAUUACUGAACCACAAACACCAAAAGCAAGGUUAUUUGCCUAA